AUGUGCAUGCCCAGUUCUCUCAACUCCGUCGAUACAUUCCUCGAUUAUGAGCUUGGCAACGACAAAGACAUCUCGCUAGGGACCUACGAUUACUACCUCCGGAAGUAUGACAGAGUUCCCAUGACCGUGCAUGACGCUCGUGGCUACGAGAGCCUGUUCUCGCUGGACCGGAAUGCCUUUGAGUUCGUGAAGCACGAGAGCAAGAUCGCAAAUGGAGCAGACAAUUGGACCGAAGAAGCGAUCAAGGUCGUGGCAUACCCAGAAAUCGUGGAACUGAUCAAGCAACGAACAGGAGCAACCCACGUCAUUCCCGUCAGCCACCGCGUCCGCCACAACACGUUCCAGUCCGUCGUCGACAAGGCCAGAAUCGCGCAUGAGACUGGCAAAGGAAUGGACCAUAUCGGAUCAGAUGCGCCACCAUCCUACAUGGUCCACGUCGACCAAUCCUACGACGGCGCCCCGUGCUGGCUCCGCGACAAUCGCUCCACAGCGCCUCCAGAUGCAUCCCGCUCAGCAAUCAUAAACGUCUGGCGCCCGCUCCGCCAAGUCCACCGAGACCCCUUUGCUGUCUGCGACGGCAGCACUGUACCCGAUAGCGACCUCAUACCCAUGCGAACACUUCUCUCCAAUGGAAAUGGCGGACGAUACGCAGGCUUGAUUCAACCUGGAGGCGGUGAUGAGAUGGAGUUGUGGGUCGUCAAGCGUGCUGCUGAAGGGAAGAAACAGCAUCACUGGUGGUAUCUGCAUGAAAUGAACCCUGAUGAGGUUGUUCUGUUGAAGUGCUUCGACUCGGAUACGAGCAGGUGCAGACGUGCGCCGCAUUGCGGGUUCGAGGAUCCGAAAUAUGGUGGGGAGGAAUGGGCCGCGAGGGAGAGUCUUGAGGUGAGAUGCGCGGUGUUCUGGGCGGAUGGGGAGGAAGAGGUUGAGGGAGGUCCGGUCAAGAGCGCGUGA